UUUACUGACUGUCGAAAAGUCACAAAUAUUUAUUUUGUUUUGAAAGUAUCUUGAAAGGUGAAAAUAUUGAGACGAAAUAAUAUAAAUAUGAGGUUUUUAAUAAAACAAAUGUGUUUGUUAUCGUCUACACUACGAGUUCGGCCAAUAAUGGCACGAAAUUAUGCCAAAGAUGCACAGAAAAAGAACGAAGAGAAAAAGGAGGAAGAAGUGAGAAAAAAUAUAGUAGUAGAAAAAUUUGAUGCUAUUGUGACACUGAACAUUGAUCGGCAGAAAACUCGCAACAGUCUAGACAUACCCACACUUAAUGAAUUAGCACUAGCGCUGGAUACAUUUGAGAAAGACAACACAGCAAAAGUUCUAGUCAUCAACGGAGAAGGAGGCUCAUUCUGUUCUGGAUUUGAUGUCGAUGAACUGGUCGAGAAAGGAUACAAUCCAUUGAAAGAUGCAUCGGCUCGCCUUUUACGCCGGCCGCUGUGUGACAAGCCGACCAUUGCAGCUGUCUCCGGAUAUGCCGUUGCAGAGGGGUUCGAGUUAGCUUUGGCCUGUGACCUGCGCAUUAUAGAAGACACUGCUGUGCUCGGCUGUCUGGGGAGGAGGUUUGGUUUACCACAAGGCAUGUUCGGCGGGCGCCGGCUGACGUCGCUCAUAGGGCUGUCGCGAGCGCUGGAGCUGCUGAUGACGGGCCGCCUCAUCAGCGGCGCCGAGGCGCACCAAUACGGGCUCGGCUCCAAGCUCACCACUACUGGCACUGCUCUAGGUGAAUCAAUAAAGCUGGCCAAGUCGCUGGUGAAAUUCCCCCAAAACGCCCUCAUUAUGGACAAACUAGCCGCAGUGAACUCCCAACUGAAUCCUAACAGCGAGGAGAGUAUGAGAGACGAAGCAGUCAUGACCAGUCUCCUUGGGAACGCUAUUGAGGAUAUUAAAGAAGGAGCUAAGAAAUUUCAGGGAGGUAUAGGGAAACACGGUAAGUUCUAUAAACUGUCAGAGGUGCCCCUGAAGGACUGGGAACUGGAGGAAACUGUAGAAGAGGUCCAAGUCAGCAAGCAAACUAAACCAGACGUCGACAAGAAAUCGUAAAAUGAACUCUACGAUGUAUAGUGUUAAAGUAUUUAUCCUUUGUAAGAUUUUGUGUAAAUUUUGUAAUACUAGUCUUUUGUUUUUUUUUUUUUUGUUGUGAUAAAUGUUCGUGCCAAAUAAGCUAAUGAACUAACAU